AUGGCAGCAAAACCGGAUCGUUUCCCCGACUUCCAAACCGUCACAGACCAGAUCUUUGUUCGCGAAGGUGAAGAGGUGGCUGACGGCGCAAACCCGCCGCCCGGCCACCCGAGGGUCGUUGUCAUCUACGGCUGGGGCGACGCCCUUCCCAAGCACGUCGCCAAGUACACUGAUGGCUUCCGGAACCUCUUCCCUCACGCGAGGCAAAUCGCCGUUCUAGCGCCUAUCGUGAAGGCCAUGAGAGAAGACCUCGAAACCCGCGCAGCAAAUAUGAGGCACGUCGUCGACCUCGCGUACCCGGAAGCGGACUCGGACACAGCGAGACCCGACGAGGACGCGGUCUUGCUGCACGUCAUGUCCAACACCGGCGGCAUCAACUACGCCGGGUCCCUCUACGCCUAUCAACAGAGAUACGGCCGUCCCAUGCCGCACCGUCUAUCCUCGUACGACUCCACGCCGGGAAGCGUGAUCCUGACGAUCGACAACCUCAAGCGCUGGUCCCUCGCUAUGGCGCUGGGGACAGCCGGCUGGUUCCCCUGGCCCUUCGCCGUGACCCAGUUCAUCAUGGCCAUCUUCCUCCUCCUGAACCACGCCUACGAACAUCUCAUCGGCCGCGAGAGCGCGCCCGUCUUCAGCGUCAAAGCCAUCGCCGACCCCAAGUAUGUCUCCAAGCGCUCGCGAAAGCUGUUCCUAUACAGUAAGGAAGACCGCCUCAUCGGCUAUGAGGACAUUGAACAAAACAUGGCCGAGUCUAAGGCUAAGGGCUAUGCAUACAACGCUGCCCUCUUCGACGGCACUGGCCACGUCGGCCAUAUGCGCGUGUUCCCUGACAAGUACUGGGGCGCUAUUGCAGAGGCAUGGGCGGCGACAUGA